AUGUCUGGAUCAGGGAAUAUCCAUCAUGAAAACGAUCAAGAAGAUCUUAUUAAAGACGAAUUUAAAGAAAAUACAGCUAACUCUUCAUCGUGGUUCUCAUUGAUCAAGAUUUCUCUCGUAUUUUCCUCGAUUUGGGGAUUAUUUUUCUGUAAAAUCAACUAUAUUUCUUUGACUUUAGAGUUAUUAGAUUUUAUUCUAUGUAAACAAUCAUUUGGCAAGUAUCUUGUUGGAAUCAAAUGGUCAUUAAACUGCGGUGGAGAUUCAAUGUUGAAAUUUGAUAUAACUGCAGAGGAUGAUAUGCCUUCUCCAAGUUACUCUAACAUUUUUUGGAUAGGAAAUUCACUUGUUCUUAUUCUUUGGAUUCUAGUUGUGAUUUUAUCAUCUAUUUUCCAGAGGUGGAUUUACUCAUCGAUCAAUGCACUCAUCUUGAUAUUACAGUUAACGAACAUAUCUAUAUUUCUAAAAGGAAAUUCCAUUGCGGCAAAACAAUCAGCGGAACAAGUUAGAUCCGUUCUUCUUGGAAAUGUUGAAGCGUUUGAAGAAUUACCAGAACAGGCAACUCUUCAAAGUGUUUCUAAAUCAGAAGAAACAAAAUCACAAGAAAUCAAAGAAAAUACACCCGAAAAAUCAAACGAUACACAAACAGAUAAUACAACAGCUAAAGAUACUGAGAAACCAGAGUAA